CAUUUUUCACACCGCUCGAUGCAAUAAACGGCCAGGAUUCUUGAGAUUUCAGAUCCCGCAUUUUAUAAGCUAUUUAGACAACUCGCUCUCGCCGUUCAUCUUCGUCCAAUUGUUGCCAGAGCACAGCUUUCAGAUAUGUGCAGUAGUAACUCAUCACAUUCAGUAUCGCCGGCCCUCCCAUGGAAGACGCGCCUUUCCGUCGCCCUCCUGUCGGCCGCCACUGACGUCGUUCGCCGUCCUAACCGCACCAUAAACCGCCGUCUCAUCUCCCUCCUCGAUUUUACAACACCUGCCAAUCCCAAACCCAUCAACGGCGUCAAAUCUUCCGACAUCAUCGUCGAUCCGAUCCGCAAUCUCUGGUUUCGCCUCUUCACUCCCACCGCGACUACUUCAACUUCCCUCCCGGUUCUCAUCUUCUACCACGGCGGUGGUUUCGCCUUCCUCUCUCCCUCCUCCAAAGCCUACGACGCCGUUUGCCGCCGCUUCGCACGUGAACUCCCCGCCGUUGUUAUCUCCGUCCAUUACCGUCUCUCCCCAGAGCAUCGUUUCCCUUGUCAAUACGACGACGGACUCGACGUCCUGAAAUUUCUUGAUCGCAACCAUGACGUAUCGGUAUUGCCCGAUAUGGCGGACGCGUCCAAGUGCUUUUUGGCGGGUGAUAGCGCCGGUGCGAACUUGGCUCACCAUGUAGCGGUCAGGGCUUUUGGGGAGAGAUUUCGAAGAGUAAAGAUCGUCGGAUUGGUAUCAAUCCAGCCGUUUUUCGGGGGAGAGGAGCGAACGGAAUCGGAGAUCCGAUUAUUGAGGGCGCCGGUAGUUUCGUUGGACCGUACGGAUUGGAUGUGGAAGGCAUUCUUGCCUGAGGGGGCGAACAGGGACCACGAGGCCGCAAAUGUGAGCGGGCCGAAUGCAGUUGAAAUUUCGGGUUUGGACUAUCCGGAUACACUUGUGGUGGGGGGAUUCGAUCCGUUACAGGACUGGCAGAAGAGGUACUACGAAUGGUUGAAGAAAUCGGGAAAAGAGGCGAGGUUACUCGAGUAUCCAAAGUCGAUCCACGCAUUUUAUGUGUUUCCCGAGUUGCCCGAGGCGUCGCAGUUGGUUGAGCAAAUCAAGGAUUUCGUGACUUCGUCUGCUCUAAAAUCUUAAAGCUGUGUUAGACUGCUAGUAACCCGC